CAUCUUUGCGCAUUGUAUUCCGGUUACGAAAGCGUGCGGGCGGGGAGGAGUGGGACUUUUCCGGAGAUAGGGUGACUGCCAUCUUGGGGACAAAGGAUCACCCCACACACUUAGAAUGUCUUUGAAAAGAAUUAAUAAGGAGCUGCAGGACCUGGGCAGAGAUCCCCCAGCACAAUGUUCAGCAGGCCCAGUAGGAGAUGACUUAUUUCACUGGCAAGCAACAAUCAUGGGUCCACCUGAUAGUCCUUAUCAAGGAGGAGUGUUCUUCCUAACAAUUCACUUCCCCACAGACUACCCUUUCAAGCCUCCCAAAGUUGCAUUCACUACGCGAAUCUACCACCCAAACAUAAACAGUAAUGGUAGCAUAUGUCUGGACAUUCUGCGAUCGCAGUGGUCGCCGGCUCUCACCAUUUCCAAAGUGUUGCUGUCCAUUUGUUCCCUGCUGUGUGACCCGAACCCUGACGACCCGCUGGUGCCCGAGAUCGCGCGCGUCUACAAGACCGACCGCGACAAGUAUAAUGAGGUGGCCAGGGAGUGGACACGCAAGUACGCCAUGUGAUAGAAGAAUUGUCGUAGCGGGUCACGCGGCUGCCGGGCCGGGCCGGGGUCUCGCCGGCGCCCCUGUCCCGCCUUGCCGCCCUCCAUACCUCCCCACGCCGCCCGGCGUCCGGUGCCGGCGCGCCCCGGCCGUCCCUCCGUC